CGUGAUAUUUUAGCUAACAGGAAAACAGAAACAUGGCGGAUGGAUUGUUUUGGCUUGAUAGGAGUCACAGUAACAAUGAUUUUUUCUUAUUCUCUUAUUUUAUUAAUUGAUUCUGAUGGCCGUUGAUGAUUUUCGACCUAACAACUCAACAAGUAAAAUGUUGGAUGUCAAAGAUGAAAAAUUGUCUUCAGGAGGCACUAUUCACAGUGGCCACUUUAUGGUCAGUCGAGUGCAUGAUGUAAACAAUGACGACGAUGCUGAGGACGAACAAGAAAUAUUGUCGCCUUUUAAUGAUGACCCAAAAGGGUUUGACUUUUUGACAGCAAGUAAAGAAAUUUCAAAAACAUACAAUUUCGGUGGAAAUGUAAUUAGUCAAGCGACUGUUCCAAUUGAUGCGUCAUUAACUAAGCUUUUUGAAUGCAUGUCACUGGCUUACAGUGGUAAAAUAACAUCACCAAGAUGGAAACAGUUCAGAGGGUUGCAUGUGUCCCAGAAACAACGCAUUCGUCUCAACAAUCUUAUAUGGAGAGAGUGGCACAUGCAAUACAUUUGCCAGAGAUCACCAAAAGUUUGCCAGUUUGCCUGCCCACUAUCAGACGAUGUUCACUCCAAACCAGAGGCUGUGGUUCUAGAAGGGAAAUAUUGGAAGAGAAGACUGGACACUGUCACAGCAGAAUAUAAAAAAUGGAGGCGGUACUUCAAGGAACGUAUCAGAAAUCAACAAAACAUAAACAUUCAUGAUACCAGCAGACUGAAUGAGAAUGAGCUGCUGGAGAGGGUGAAAGAUGUCACUUUCAUUUCUCACAGCUCUGGAAACUGCUACAUGUCCAGCACUGACCUCAGCUUGUUACAUACAGACAUGAUGGACAUGGAUUUUACAAAUGAACUGUUUGCAAGUUUGAAUCAGCCUUUUGCUUUUCCUAAUCCUAGAGAGUUGAGUCAACUUCAGUUGGGGUGUGCGGAUCUCAUCCAGCCAGGUCUCAUCCAGCUUCAGCCCAAUUUGGAGGAGUUUAUGGAUAUUGACACCAUGCAAGAGCUGCUGCAGAACUCCAGAUUGGCUAACAGCUUCAGCUCCUCCUUUGUGACAGACAACACUCCCAGUGUUGAUGUAGGACAGGGAAAUGUGAAUAAUAAUGAAAUGUCACUGGUUGACUUUUUGACCACUCCAUCCAUUGAGACUGGGGUGUCCACAGCAAGUCACUCUUUUACUACUUCCACUGUACAAUCAGGGGGCAGUAAUAACUUCAACACCGUCAACAAUAACUUUCUCAUUGAUGGCCAGCAAAACAUUACGUUUCACUUGGCACCAGACACUGGUCAAUUUCAGUUGGACCCGGAUACAAUUGUUUUAAGCCCCACGCAAAAUGUGAACUCUGGACAGCAGACAUAUACCAUAAUUCCUUCCGGCGUCUAUCAAAACAUGUGCUUUGGGAAUACGACAGUACAGAAGCCAGCUGCUUCUCCAUCUCUUACCCAUGAGCUGCUGGCCCAAAUGCUACAGCAGCAGCAUCGCCCUGCACAGGAGGGUAUUGCCAACAGGAGACCAGCACAGCAGUCAUCAGUGCCCCUCCAGCCUUCCUCAUCUCCAAGCCACCAGCAGCAGGGCCCAAGACAGCAGCUGCUGUUUCAACAGCCAUCUCCUUCAGCCAUGAGCCCACUGCUGACACAGUCCCUAACUCAGGUUCAGCCUCAGUCUCAAGCAGCUGUCAGGCCAAGCUCCCAGAGGAAAUCUCCUAAAUCCACCAAAGCAAACCUUAAUCAGAUGACUAGUGAAGUUGGUUGUGCCAGUGGUGUCAUAUCAGGUUUAGCAGCUAAACUCAACUCUAAUUCUAAUAAUAAAAGAAAAGAGGUCCAGUUUGCUGUGCCGAUCAAGCCCUCAGUGUCCACUCUGCGUAAAAACCGUGUGAUAGCUCCAGCUCCAUCUGCACCUCCACCACCAGCACCAAUUGCACCAGCUCCACCUGCACCAGUUCAGACACCAUCCAUGCAGGCUUCAUAUCUUGCUGAACUUCUGAAAAAUGGUACCUACCCUGGGGCCCUUAUCAGUGUGAAGAAAGAGCCAGUACAAACCCAGCCUGUGGGUUUCAUACAGAGUCCGAUCAAGACCACCACCAAUCAUUAUCAGCAGAUCAGGCCAAACUUUAGUACUGAUGUUAGUCAGCAUCUUGGGCAACAGAGUGUUCUCUUCAUACCCUCUGCCACCAGCCAGAUGCAAACAUCACUGCCCACGCUGACAACCAAGUCUCCCAUAGAAGUCUCACCAACUUCUCUGCCAUUACGUGGUGCAACAGCAAACAUGGUUUCCAAACAAAAACUGAAAGAAGUUUUGAUGCCUAACUCAAGGAGUAUUGUUUCUACAAUCCAGUCUGUUCCUUCAAUCCAAUCUGUUCCUUCAAUCCAGCCUGCUACUCCUGAUAUGAAUGUUAGAUACUCUCCUAAGUUAGAACUUGAAGCCACUUCGUCCAUGUUGUCCCCUGUUAGUUUAUUGCCUGCCAGCCCUGACUCAAGCCCACUUCUGGUCAAGCGGUCACCAUCUCCAAGUCUGCUUAUGGAUACCAUAGAUCCUGUCUCACCUUAUUCUAUGUCACCAGGAGCCAUGGGUGACCCUGACUCUCCUGGCUCUAGUGAUUCAUCAUUUCUUAAGGACCCAAGAAAAGCUGCCCAUUUAUCAGCAGAGCAGAAAAGACGUUGCAACCUUAAAACUGGCUUUGACAUGCUGCAGCAACUUGUACCAUCAUUAGCCCAGAAUCCUAAAGUUAGUAAGGCUACCAUGCUGCAAAAAACUGCUGAAUUCUGUAAGAAACUAAAAGCUGAAAGAGUGCAAAUGCAGAAAGAGGCUGCAAUCCUAAAGAAAGAAAUCGAAGCCUUGAACUCGGCCAUUAGUGUUGUGCAAUCCCAGCUGCCUGAGACGGGUGUCCCUGUGACCAGGCAACGAAAAGAUCAGAUGAGAGAGAUGCUAGAUGAAUAUGUUCGUGUAAGGACUACAGAAAACUGGAAGUUUUGGAUUUUCUCUGUGAUUAUGAACACGCUGUAUGAUUCCUACUGCAACACUGUCUCCACGUCCAGCAUUGAUGAUCUGUGCAGAACUUCUCUGACAUGGUUGGACCAGUCCUGCUCAUUGGUGACACUCAGACCAAAUGUAUUGAAUGCCUUGAGACGAUUGAGUACAACAACUAGUAUUUUGACAGAGCCCCAAAAAGUCAAAGAGCAAGCCCUUCAGGCAGUAUCCAAGCAAAUCAAACCCAACAACAACAUGAUGAAGAAAUAGCUAGGGAUAUAUUCAAAUAUUCACAGAAACAAUGUUCUCAAGUGCAGAUGUUUUUUUUGUUUGUCAAGAGAGGCACAUCUUGGUCUAGGGCCAACAGAAAGAUAUUAAAGAAUAAUGACUGUUUACUUUGUGUAAGAUAAGUUGUUUCUGUAAUAAUGUAUAGCUGUACAUGUGAGGUGGUGCUGAGUUGUCUUUAUUAUCUUUGACUCAUUAUUGUAAAAGCUGAAAGCAUUUUGAUUGUAUUAAAAAUAGUUUCCUCAGCAAUGCCUUAGUCAAACACUUCUCACUGUACACACUCAUUAUCAUUUCACAACCUCCUCAGUGGGGUAUUUCUGGUGUGAGUGUGAUUAAUAAUUAUGUAAUGAUUAUACGCUUGUGGACUUUUUCUUUUGCUUUGUUAAUCAUCAAAAUCAUUUUUUGUAAAGUUUUAGAAUCCCACAACAAAAGUAAUACAGUGGCGUGUAUAGGGAAGGUGGACAGAGUAACAUAUUUUUUAAGUCUGUGCAAGAUAGUUUGGGGGGCAGGAGUCAAUUGUAAAGGGGGAAUGAUAGAUCCUGGUGCAUCCAAUAGCUCUUGGUGCAUCCAAUAGCUCCUGUUAAUGUUCUGGAAUGGGGGAAGUAGUAUAGGAAGGAACAAAUGAGAUGUUACCCUCUGGCAUUGUAGGGGGAUGUAAAGAUAUGGAACACAUGUCUAUUAGCGUGAUGAAAAAGCAAAAAAGGCUUCUGCAAAGGGGGAUAAUUUGCAGGAUUGUGAAGUUGAGCUUUAGACUGUGAAAGAUCCAUUUAUUCAUACCACUGUAUUAUAUUUCUUAGAGGGGAUCAAGAUAUGAUAGACAGUCCAUAUAGGACAUGAUAUUGAUUUGAUUGUCAAGUUGUCACAUUCAAGUGAUAUAUAUGUAUUAUUUCUGGCUUGGAAUUUGCAAGUGAGAUCAUAUGGUCUGAGAAUCUCUGGACUUGAAAUUAGACUUCAAGUCCUGGAUUGAGACACUGCAGAGAUUCUCACUUAGUACUUUGUUGGGUCUGCAUCUGUUUGAUGGGAAUCUGUGUUGUCUGAAAGAAUUGAUUUGUUUUCCAACCACAUAGUCUGGGGGGUGGAGUGGUGGAGAGAGAGGAACAGAGUUUUUGUUGAUGGUAAAAAUCAGCUAGGGAUCAUUGAAUAGCACAAAAGCUGAACUAGUGUUAUUUUGGUUGGCAUGGCUCUGUGUGUACAAGUAUAACCGUUAUGUACCUAGUUUACCAUGUUGGGCUAUGUUAAAGUGAAUGGUUUGAGUCUUAUCAGAAAUGAGAUUGUCCCCAAGCAGAGGUGUUAACUCUCUAUAUAGCCAUAAUCACUAUACAUGCCCACAUGAUACUAUUAUCUAACGUGGGCAUAUUUCAAGAGGCUUUGUGAUGUGAACAUAUUUUAUAGAUAUAUCUACAAUUUCUUUGGUUUAUAAAGUUUGAUUUAUAAUAUUCUGUCAGGUCAGUGUUAAUUGUUUCAAGUUUGCUUUGAUGAUUUUGUGCAUGUGUCCAGUUUAGUAUGUAGUCCUACUUAUAGAUCUUGUGUCAGUGGGUCCAUCUCUGCUUGUUGUGGUCACACCUCCCACUCAAUGUCUUGACCAUUUAAAAAAAAUAAAGGAGAUAUUUGUACGUUGCUGUGGUGUUUGAUAGUCACAGUCUUAUAUCUGCUGUAGAUGUUACAUGUUUUGGGGAGUUGCAAUGCUGGCUUCAUGUAUUCAGUUCUUUUAUUUGGCCAAACAUUCUUGAUGAGCGUAGUGUAUUAUCAGUCUUGUUUUUGCAUUGAUGAUGAUUUUAAUGUAAUAUAAAUGUACGGGUGUAUGUGGUUUACAGUGAUAUUAUGACUAUAGAAUUAAAAAAGAUGUCCAAAGAGUCUCUUAAAUACAUUUGAAAGUUGUUUUUUUUAAUACUUUCUCUUGACUAACAUAAAAUUUUUAAAAAUUCAAAUCAGAUAAGAUUAUACAAAUUUAGCUUCUUAUAUUUUUAAAUUUUUUAAACUCUUGGUGUAAGUUUAAAUUCAAUCAUUUAUAAAUAGUAUUGUUCGAAUGAUUUUAAGGGCAGUGCACGAUGUUUGCAUUUGCAGUACACAAUAUUAGUAUUAUUAUUUUUUUGUUUGUUUUUUAAAUUUGGCAAGGGGUAAGUCAUAGUAACAUAAGUUUGUCAUUGUUACUGGAUGCAAUAGAUUCAAGUUCUGUUUCAUUCUAUAUCUUAACAGUGUAUUUUAUCAGAUGUACAUUGUGACCCAGACUAAAUUUGAAUAUGUGCUGACAUUUUUAUUACAUAUAUUUUUAAAAAAAUGUGUUUUCUUUGUAUUUGCUCUCGCUGGCAGCUAAAUAUUUUUGUGUUAAAUUUGUGAGAAUUACUAAAUGUAAUUUGUGUAUGGAACAAAUGUGCUGACAAAGUGUUGUUGAAUAUCUGUCAAUUUGUUUUCUGCCUAAAGAGAUUCUGAAGUAGCCGAAACAGUUUUAGAAUUUUAAGUGAAAGUUUUUUUUUUAACAAACCAUUCUUAGGUUUUUUUUUCAGUUACCUUGGGAAGUUUUUCAUUAGGAAAGGUUACAAUAAUAAACAUUUAAAAAUUUUUUUUUUUUUUUACAUUUAAAUGUGAUAGAUAUAUUAAAUAUUGAUAAGAGUAUUGCCAGGAUAAAAAGCUAUUAAUGAGAGUUUUAGUAUGUGGUUAACACAAUAAUGCUGUCCCUGGAUUCAAUAUUUUGCCAGAUCAUUAUUAUAUUUUGAUACAUCUAGCAUUCAAUAAACUAGCCACCCAAUGUUCAGACUUGAUCCUCUGUUUCUCACUCAAGUUUGUGUCUUUGUUGUUUGUUAGGGGCUUGAUUGGAAUAGAAAUGUGUGUUUAGGUUAAUAGUGUUUGCAAAGUUGUGGCCAGAUUGUCUGCUGCUUUUGUGAUAUUAAUGACUUUCUUUUCAAAUCUGGCCUUUUUUUUUUUUCAUUGUCUUUUAGAAUCUCCAGAUUUCUAAACAUGUUUUUAAACUAAUCUAUUUUCAGUUUUCAAUAUGCCUAAAUUCAAAUUUGGCUAAAUUGUCCGAUUGCAUUGGCAUGUCAAAACUAAGUACUAUAAUGUAGCUUCAUGACUUAAAGACCAAAGCAAAUUCAGUGAAAAGAUUUCAUGAUUUCUUUGAAUCCAGUCACAGCUUUUCCUGGGAUUUAAAAAAAGUGUUUGAAUAUCACUGUUUUCUAGAGGAAGAAUGAUUCAAGAGAUGUAAGAGCCUUAUGACUUGCUAUACCAGUCUAUUCAAUAAUGAACUCAAAGUCCUAGUAGGUACCAAGGAGUAUCUAUUUUUAUUUUGUCAAGCUUUAGAAAUUUCGCAAAGGAAGAAAACAAAAUCAACACUUUUCUAUCUUGAUGAAAUUGUUGAAAUGUUCACUUUAUGUCUUAGAAGUGAUGUGUGAACAAGAUUUUCACUUGAUGUCAAACUUAUCAAGAGCUUUUCCCUGCAGCCUAAGCUUUCUACAUGUACAGGAGGGAAAGCUCAAUCCUGCUUCUCAUGGGAAAGUGUCUUAACUCUUUGGCUCCGGAACAACGCACAGGGCGUUGAAUUAAAAAUGGGAAAAAGGUCGGAUCAACGCUAAAAUCAUGGAAAAUAAUUCCGGAGUCAAAGACUUAAACAAAGCAAAGGAUUUCAAGUUCAAGGGUAAUGCUUUGGUUCUGUAGUGUUCAUUCAUUUUUUUGUUUGGUCUUUUUAAGGUGGAUUAGAUUUCAAGUGUUGUUUCACUACAGUCUAUCAUAUUAAAUGCACAAGUUGUGCUUCUCUCACAUGUGACUUGUUAUAAUAGUUCUAAUAUUCACUGAAAAAAAAUUAAUGGGAAUUUUUGCACAAUUAUAAAAUUAAAAAAAAAUGUUUCACAGGAUGUCUUUAUAACUUGAAACUGAGACAAUAUUGCAAUCAAGUUUUCUUUAAUUCUUUACCAUUCUCAAUGAAUAUUUUACAGGAUAUUGUUUUCACUGUCUCUUUUCUGUCCUUUUUAUCCCCAUUUGUAGAGCUAUAUUUAAACCCAGUAUUUAAAUGAUUCAAUAGAAAGGUUUUUACUUGUAGCCACAUGCCAUUUUGGGUAGAAUUUUUAACCUCAGUUCUGAGUUUAAGAAAUUAUACAAUUAUUAUAGAAGUCUGUGUUACUUACUUACUUACUUAGACUUAGGUCCUCCUGUGCUGUUCGGCGCAUUGGGCGGCAAGCUGUCUCCUUAAAGAUCUGUUGUUGGCAAUGUCUGAAGCCUCCUCCCACCUGGUGUCCACUGUUCUGAGUCUGUGUAGCAGAGAAAAAAUAAAUGUACAUUACAUUAUGUUCUCUGGAUUAUUUAUAGUUUAAUAAAAUGUCAGAUCAGAAAAAAAAAUGAAACAAUUUAACAGUCAUGAUAGUUCGGUGCUAGAAACAAAAAGGUAGUACUAGGAAUGUGUUAAGUUUGUGUGCAAAGCUGUCAACCAUGUUGUUAUUGCUGCAUUUAAAGUGCACAAGCUGUGACCGGAAUAAAUGAUGGUCUUAAGUUAGUGCUCCAUUAGUUUAAAUGAGAUCUGUUUGAAACAGUUAAAUCAAAAAGUUGACCCUCAUUCACAUCAACAUACUGUCCACUUGCUUCUUGUACUAGGGAGUUGCCUGACUUGUGAGCCUGACCUACGAACUUUGGCCUUUGUUGUACACAACAACUAUAGCAAUACUUGAAAGCCUUACAUUCUGUCAACUGAAAUAUGUUUUGUUGUUUUACAAUGUCAGUAUUGAAAUCUGAAUUCUGGAAAUGUGUUCAUUCACCUAAUAGGUCAAAGGUCAGCUAUAUUCAACAUACAACCUGGUAUCCUUCAGUUGAUACUCUUUGGCAGCUAAAACGAAACUUUCACUCCGUUUUAUAUACAUGUGAACAUUGUUGCUAAUAAAUUCAGGUUACUGUCCGUUCUGUACAUACAUCCAGUGUUUUCUUUGUGCCAUGUGUGUCCUCUUGGUGGCCUGUGUGUGUGUGUAUUCUGUGACUUCAACAUGGCACUGCAAAUAGAGAUUGCUAGGGUUUUCAUAUAAGCCUCAUGCUAGAUACAUAAGAGGACCCAACCCUAAACACAAGAGAUAUUAAAAAUUUGAUAAUUCUGUUUAUACAAAAUAAUGUUGAAGUCUAAACAAGUCUGUGCCAAAAACAUAUGUAACUAAAGUUAAACACAUAAAGGAAAAUUUGGUCUUCAAUGUAUUAGUCUUGUUUGUAUUAGUCAAUUCAUGUAUUUUGUAAAUAAGUUGCAGCAAAAAUGUAAUAUUGAUGCUCUUGCUUAAGCUUGGCUCUUUGGAUUGGCUUUUAGAUUUCAUGUACAUAAACGAUUGGACAGAUUUUUGAUGGCUAGUCUUCAGAGUAUGAUGCAUGGUUUGUUGGGAUAGAUUUGAAUUAUUUUGUAGGUUUGCUGGUUUUUAAAUAUUCAGAAGAGACUAUGUGCAUCAGUGAUAGAGAAAUGAAAUGGCUUUUUGGCUAAGUCUAUGAGUUUUGGCUUGAUUUGGUUUGCCGUAAGUUUUGAAGAGUUACAUAGCCAGAUUAGCGCAUAGUUAAAGGAAGGCUCAUAAUUUAAUGUUAAGAUUUGUUGUGUUAAUAGACUUUAUAUCAACAGUAUGAUGCUCUAACAUUCACCAACCCAUAUAUUUGUAUUGAGAGAAUAGUUUAACACCUCUCUCUAACAGUAUUGCUUUACAUCUUUUUAUGAAUUCGUUGGUUUUUUUUUUAAAUAAACAUAUCUGCGCAGAACUUGGUCAACUAUAUACAACCUAUAGAUUUGAGUUUCAGUUUGUUUUUAACCGUUCUGCAUCCGUCAGCUGAGCAUGGAGGAGUUAAGGAUGUCCAUUCUUAUUUUGAUGUAACCAGACGAUUUAAUUGUGUGUGAAAUGUUAAGCUUGAUCAUUUGGGUGUUUAUUUGUUCAUGCUGAAUGAAGAAACAAAAACAUGUUUUGUAUUCCAAACUGGAACAUUUCAGAAUGUGAUGAUUCACAUAUAAUUGUGGAGAAUGCUAACUGUGUUUGAUGUUUUCACAUUGACUUGGACGAUAUGAUGAACUGUAACAUUGCUCUCUGUCUACUGGGCAGAUAGAAUGUUGCAGUCAUUGUGUAAUUAAAUGUAAUAGGUUGAAUUGAGUUUAUGACUUUAUUCAGUGUAAUUGACUGUAUUAAAUCUGUGUGUAAAUUGAUUGGCUACAUUCAUAAUGAAAAUAAAAGCUGUAUUGUUUAUGCAGGCAUAUUUAAGUGUAACGUCCGAAUGGAUUUUACUGGUUGUAAUGAAUGUGUGGAUUCUUGAACUGUGAUUGUCAUUGGCUGCAUUGAUGUCAGUUAUGAUUUGACUGAUUCAGUUCUCCUCUUCAUUCAUUCCUUAAUGUCAUUGGUCAGCUUCCCAUCCUAAUAUGGUCAUGUUUAGAUUGAAUUGAACAGCAUUGCAUAAUGAAUGAAUGGUCAGAAAUGUCUCGAAUGUGUCAUGACUUACUGUGAGGUUUCAUAGAUAAGAAUUCUUUAACUCUUUCUCUCCUAACUGACGAUACUAACGUUGAUUCCAUCAUAACGUGUUACAUAAUAACAGAGAGAAAGAGUUAAAAUGUAAUGUUGAUAUAGUAGGUAGUCACUUUGGUUCCCCAAUGAAAUUAGUGAAGAAAUGUUGUUGUUAUUGUUGUUGUUGUUCUUUCAGGCAUAAUUAUUUGUUCCCUGGAAUUAAUAUUUUUUUUUAUUGAAAACUUUUGGUAAAUGAUUUGCUGUUAAAUUUGGUUGAAUGUUUCUAAAUUUUGACUUACAAAAUUGUUAGAAUAGUGUCCCUCUGGAAUGUGUGUUUAUGUAUAGCUCAGAGAAGUAUAAGGAAAUUAUUUGUGAAACUUUGACAUGUUGAAUUACAUAGGGCUCUAUCUGCUUCAUGUUUUUAUAUAAAAGAAAUGUUGCAAAUUUAUUCAUGUGAACUAAAAUAAAAAUAAAACCAAUUUUUAUCAUUUAUCUUGUGCCAGAGGUUGUGAAAUUAUAACACAUACAAAUGUGUUGGUAUCCCAAGAUAAUUAUAUUUCUCAGGUUUUAAAAAUAAAUUUUAAGUUUGAACCGCUUAGUAAAUUAUUUUAAUUUUGUUUAAAAACUUAGAUGAUUUUUUAUUUUUUUUUAUUUAUAUAACUUUUUCUUCUCCUGAAUUGUGUUUUAUAGAAUUCUGUUGGCUUAUGCCAGAUUUUGCUCAAUUCUAGUGUGAUUUCUUUUUAGUUUUGGUCUUUCCUUUGUAUUGAUAAGCCUGUAGAAUACUUAGUUUAUGAUGGUGCUUAAUAUUUCUUUACUUUUUGUUUUUUAAAGGUAAAUCUUUGUAUGCCUUGAGACUAAGAGAUUGUCAAAAACUAAAAAUCUCGUGGAAAUGAGAUCAUUCUUAGUUUGUAAUAUUUAUUAAAUAUUUUGUGUGUGAGUGAUUAUUUCACUGCCAGUUUGAGAGGGAAAAUGUGAAGCAUGUUGCUAUUUUUUGUUUCUUUAUAGUGAAGAUUGUUUAUAUUAGUUACACAUUGUAUGUAAAAAAAAUAAAUAAAUCUUAAGUGCUAAUUUCAUUAGCAGUGCUGUAUAUAUUUUGUCAAUUGAAUAAGAAAGCCAAUCCGGCAGAAUGCUGUGUCAUUAGGUUAUUUAAAAGUCUGCUUACUUGCAUGCUAAUGUAAUGUAGGUUGCCCAACAGAUAUAACUAGAGGCUUUUUUUUUUUAAAUAUCAUUUGUGAAGUAUUACAAUAUCAUAGGCUUACUAGUGAGUUAUAUUUUUUUGUAAAGUUUGUGGUUUAUAAAAGGAUGUAUAUGGUAUGGUCUGUGCUAAAAAUCUGGUCACUUCUGAUUGCAGGUCAUUUGAGUGCCGUCUGCCUGUGUCAUUUUUUUCCCCCCACUGCUUUAAGAUGCUGAUAAUUUUUGAACUGACUGUUCUUAUUACAACAAUGUUGUCAAUACAUGAUGUAUAUACAGGA